UCUUCAAAAUUUGGUGGUCUAAAACUAAACUGCCAAUGCAUAAAAGAAAUAUGAUUUUUGGAGAAUAUUUGAAAAAAUUAUAAUUAUCAUGAUGUAACAAACGGAUAAAGCUUCCUUGAGAAGAGUUUCUGCUUCUAGAAACUAAUUCUUAUGAGUCUAGAUUGUUAUUCAUCUGUUUCAAGAUGGCUGGUUCAAAUCUAGAAAUUAUAAUCAGCAGUUCAGACCUUAGCUCACUGGAAUUUUUUGAUAAUAGUUCAAACUGUAGUUUGAACUGCAGUUCAAACGGAACAGGGAUUGACCCUGAACUGCCUUACUAUCUGACAUUCAAUGAAGAUUCUAUUCGAGAAGUCAUACUGUACAGCAUAAUGCUGGUACUCGGUGCUACUGGUAAUCUGCCAGUUUUCAUAACUCUAAUUCGAAAUCGGCAUAGAAAGUCAAGAGUUAACCUGAUGAUAAUGAAUCUUUCAAUUGCUGAUUUGAUUGUAACAUUUGUCAUGAUACCUUUGGAGAUUGCAUGGCGUAUCACGGUUGCCUGGGUAGCGGGUAACGCAGUCUGCAAGAUAAUGCUCUUCGUGAGAGCUUUUGGACCUUAUCUGUCUUCAAUGAUUUUGGUGUGCAUUAGCUUAGAUAGGUAUUUUGCUAUCUUACAUCCCCUGAAAGUGAAUGGUGCUCAAAAAAGGGGGAGGAUUAUGAUAGCAACGGCGUGGACUAUAAGCUCUCUCUGCAGCAUUCCGCAGAGUGUGAUCUUUCACUUGGAGAGUCAUCCUGACUACCCAGAGUUUAUCCAGUGCGUGAGCUUCAACUUUUUUCCCACAAAAUACCACAAAAUGGCAUACAACAUAUUUUGUCUCCUUGCACUUUAUGGCGUCCCUCUCGUCAUAAUUAUCUUCUGCUAUUCCUGUAUUUUGUGGGAAAUAUCAAAACGAUCUCGAGAUAAUGAUGUUUCUUUUCUUUUAGGUGAUCUGUCUCAGGAGUCGAGAUACAGAGGCCGACCUUGCUUGAGGAGAUCCGACAUUGCACACAUUGAAAGAGCCAGAGCAAGAACACUGCGCAUGACCAUUAUCAUUGUAUGCACAUUCUUCUGGUGCUGGACACCAUAUGUGGUCAUGGUCUUGUGGUAUCUUUUCGAUCCAGUCUCUGCCGAUCAAGUUGAUACUCGCAUCCAGUCCUCUCUCUUCAUGUUUGCCGUUUCCAACUCUUGUGUAAAUCCAUUAGUGUACGGAAGUUAUCUUCUUAACUUCAAGCAGAUAUUUAGGAGAUGUUACCGCAGGUGUCGAAAUCGUAACAUGGGAUCAAUGAACCAAACACAGAUCACAACCCCUGCAAGGACUUACGCAACGUUUCGAAAUGGUAACCUCGCUCGGAGAAAUAUAUCUGUUCACCUAAAUAUUAGAGGAAAUGGAACAUACCCGGCAUUAGUAGAGGAAUGUAACAGCCACCUUCCUCCAGAAGUUCGGCAACUCCGUAUCAGUAAUAGUUGUGGUAAAAUCUACACAAAACCUUUCUCGGUGAACACUCAAACAGAAGCUGAAAUCCACAGUUGGGAUCGAUAAGGAAGACCGGAAAAUAUCAUUUCAUUUUUUAUAACUAUUAUUUUAAGGCCCUAUUUGAAUUGCUCAACGUUUCCUUAUUUGAUGAUUUUAAGAUCCAGGGUACUUUUAAUUUUUCUAUCUUCUCUGAUUUUGUUACCCUUCAAUUUGGAAGCAGAGAGAAGCUGAAGGUUAAUUCAUUUAUCUUUGUUCUAUAUAAUUGACUCCAUUUUAUUAAUGAAUUUAAGAAAGAAGAUUUAAGAAAGACUCCUUGUUUUUAACUUUCGCAACAUAAGCAGACAAAAAGAGCUAAUCUAUCCCAUUGGUUAGACUAGAUGGAAUAAGCAACAAACAACAAAUAUGUUGUUAACAUGUUUGUUGUUAGGAUUUCUUUUCCUUAUUUGAUUAAUUUAUUUAAUAAAUUUUAAAAAAAAUUAAUACCUUAUAACUUAUUGAAAACUUUUUAAGAAAUCUGCAUGAUAAAUUACUCCCUAAGCGGAAAGCAGAACUUAUCAAAUAAUGAAGAAAAUGACGUGGUUGUUAAUUUGUAGACUUUAAAAUUAUCAUUAUGCGAAAAAAAACUAACGAAAAGCUGGAAGUUAUUUUAAAAAUUGAUUUUGGCCAAAUGCAAAUAUACUUUCUUCCCAGAGGAGAGAUUGAUAGUCGAUAUUGCACCUUCAAAUGGAAAGGCAGUGUUCAAAAGAGGAAGAACUUGAACACUUAUAUCUAGACAAAUCAGUUCUUAAUACUGAUGUAUCAUUACACAUUGAAGCGAAUGUAACCUUAUAUAAGUUGCCAGAACUAAAUAUUUAUGGGGCAGCAGUGCAAAUUUUAAAUAUUACCUAUGUAGGCGAACUUUCAUUACUGGGUAUCAGAAGUAUUUUUCCCGUGUCCUAAGCUGAAUUGAGUAAGAUUAAAAACAAUAAAGGGCACGUUUAAUAGUUCAAAAUGUUCUAAAAAUAUUUACGUACGUAGAUGGUUCAGUUUUGUACUAAUAAUAUUUAAUAUAAUUUUGUAUUUUACUUGUGAGAGAUUCUUAGAACGUUGAAUGUUUCAUUCAGUGCGUUUUUUGGCUAAAUGAAAAGAGAUCAAAACUAAAUAGAUACAAUUAAGAGUUUUCUGAAAAUUUAAGAAGCUUCUGCGCAUGAAAAAGAACAUAACUUUUUACUUAAACCCAAUUGUGCUAAAUAUAAUUAAAUAAAUAUUCAGCCGAUAGCGCAAAUCAUUUCAAAUCUUUAUCCAUUUAAAGGUACUUGUCAAAAAUAUAGUGUUAUACAUGAAACACUCAAAACUUUUUAGUCUGAUAAAUUUAAAUUUUAUCGUUUCGAUUCUGCGAUCAACAAAAAUAGUACUUCAGUCUUUAAAUUUCUAAGGGUAUCUUGUGUAUGGUUUCACU